AUGACUCAAGAAAGACCUGCAGCGCGCAAGCGACGCUUCCAGGCCUUGGAAUCUUCAAAGCCGACCAAGCCUGUUGCGAAACGAUCUAAAAAAGCCACGCCCCUUCAACCCCCACGACUCCUUAAUAACGAAACACCCACUGCGCGACUAGACGUGUACGUCUUUGGAGAUGGAAGCGCUGGAGAGCUCGGUCUUGGUACGCAGGAUGCCACAGACGUGACAGGACCGCGGCUAAAUGUGAAUCUCGAGGCAAGCACUGUGGGUGUUGUUGAUAUUGCAACAGGUGGCAUGCAUGCUGUAGCUUUGACCCAUGAUGGCAAAAUUUUGACUUGGGGCGUGAACGAGUCUACACCGACAACAAUCCCAUCGCAAAGCUUUGCGCCAGAGAGUAAGAUCAUUAGCGUCACUGCCGGUGAUAGCGCUUCGUUUGCCUUGACGCAACAGGGCCAUGUCUAUGGGUGGGGAACAUUUGUUAUGCAGAGCAACGAGGCUCGGAAAGGUUUUCUCCUGGUCCAAAAUCAACUUAUUGAAAAACAGGAAAAGCCAAUUCUGAUACCCGGUCUCGAAGAUCACUCUGGCCGACGGUUAAUAGUCGACCGUCAUUCGAGUGCCAUGGUUUCCGAGGCACAGCUGGAUAAACUCUAUCUCAACAUCGGACUAGUCCCUAGCCGUGUACCCUUUUCACCCCGAAUAAGAAUCGCAUCUAUCCACGCCGGCAGCGAUCAUGCUUUUGCCAUUGACUACAAUGGCAAUACUUGGACGUGGAGUCUAAACAAAUUUAGGCAAACCGGCAUCAAGGCAGGCGCCGGUGCAAAUGGUACUACUAUAGUUACUCCUCAGAAAGUCCAAUCUCUGUUCGGCAGAAAGAUGAAAAUGAUUCAGGGCGGAACUCAUCAUUCCGUCGGAGUUACUCAAGAUGGCGAAUGCCUCGUUUGGGGCCGUAUGGAUGGUGCUCAAAUGGGCAUAGAUAUCAGCACUCUGCCUAUUAACGAUCCAAAAUCGGUUGUAUCAGAACACGAAAAGCCACGCAUUCUGCUUGAACCUACAGCGCUUCCCAUAGCGGGUUGUUCCUAUGUAGCUGCUGGAUCAGACCACAAUAUUGUCAUCACGUCGGAAGGAAGAGCAUACUCGUGGGGCUUCAAUGCCAACUAUCAAUGCGGGCAAGGGCCAAAUUAUGAUGAUAUUACAGAUGCGACUCUGAUUGACAACUCCGCGGUGCGUCACAGAAGGCUUUCCUGGGCUGGUGCUGGGGGUCAGUACUCGAUGCUUGCCGGGCCGCAUGCAGAAGGCGAUACGCCUCCUAGAAGUGAUACUUUUCACAGUUGA